AUGUCCAUCCUCGAAUGCUUCAAGCCAGUGGGCAAGAGGAAGGCAAAGAAUGGGAAACGACCCCUUCUCCCUCCCGGUCCGCCAACGCGCCCCUUGUUCGGCAAUCUCCUCCAAUUCAAAGAUAGCAAGGGCGAUCCGUUUCACAAACAACUACUCUCUCUACGAGACUAUGGCGACAUGACGACCCUCCACCUCGGCUCCAAGACUCUGGUCUUCCUCAACAGCAACCGUGUCGUGUCCGAAAUCAUCGCCAAAAGAGGCAGCCGAACCAACGAGCGCUCCCCGAUGCCCAUUUCCAACACCCUCGUCGACUAUGGCCGCAAGUCGCUCCUCCUGCCCCAAGACCAAUGGGCAGAGCCUCGGCGUGUGAUGCACAGCCUGCUUAGCGGCACGGCGCUCCGCCAAUACGGCACCUGGCAGGAGCUUGAGAGCACGCAGAUGAUGGCCGAGUACGUCAUCAGGCCGGGCGCGUGGUACAGGCAUCACUACCGGUACGCCAACUCGGUGAUCCACCGCAUCGCCCUGGGCGAGCGGCUGGUGAAGACGCCCGAGGAGCUCGUGGAGAUGCAGAAUGCUGUGACCUUUUUCGUUGGGAGCAUCGGCAGCAGCGUCAUUGACUGGUUCCCGGAGCUGGACAAGCUGCCGCGGUUCCUGCAGUUCUGGAGGCCUCACUGGGAGGCGUUGGGCCAGUGGAACCUUGACCUGUACAGCAGAUGGUACAACCCUAUCAAGAACAAGGUCGAGAACGGCACGGCCCCUCCGUCGUUCGUCCGCGACGUGUUGCUGCACCCUGACACGAAGUUCAAGGGCGACGACAUCGAUGCGAUGUACGUCGCCAUGCAGCUCAUCGAGGCCGGGAGCGACACGACGAGGGAGGCGUUGAACAUCAUGACCAUGGCAGCGCUGGAGCACCCCGACGUGUUCCAAAGAGCCCGGGAAGAGGUGGACAAAGUCUGUGGUGUCGACGAAGAGGCGAGAUUACCGACUCUGGCUGAUAUGGACGACUUGAGGUACAUCUGUGCCAUGGCCAAGGAGAUCUUGCGCUGGCGGCCCAUCUUCCCCAUCACCCCCGAUCACACGGCUUCGCAGGAUAUCGAGUUUGAGGGAUACUAUUUCCCGGCCGGCACCGGCUUCACCGUCAACGGACCGGCUGUGAGCCGUGACUGUGACGAACCCGAGGAGUUCAAGCCUGAGCGGUGGCUGGACGGGCACGAGACGGAUAUCGCGCACGGCUUGUGGGCUUUUGGCGGUGGCCGUCGGAUUUGCGUGGGUUACCGCCUGGCCCAGCGCAGCAUGUUUCUCAACAUUGCCAGACUGGUCCAGUGUGUUGACUAUAGAGCCAAUGGCCCCUACAACAGUUUUGUCUUGAACUUGGAGGCGACGGACGAGCCGUUCCCUGUCAAAGUCAUGAUGCGCAGUGCCGUUUAUGAAGCGCUCAUACUGCGUGAGGCAGAGGCAGCUGGGGUUCUGGAGGAAGCGAGAUUGUUUAAAGAUUGA